UUUGGGUCGUUCGUAGCCUCCGCGCUGAACUGACACCGGCCUUGGGCCCUCCACGCUGUUCCUCCCUCCAGGCACCUAUAAUGCUGCUCUCGGGGCAUGAAGGAGAAGUUUACUGUUGCAAGUUUCACCCUAAUGGAGCAACUUUAGCAUCUGCAGGAUUUGACAGACUGAUCUUGCUAUGGAAUGUGUAUGGGGACUGUGAUAAUUAUGCCACUCUGAAGGGACACAGUGGAGCAGUUAUGGAGUUGCACUAUAAUACUGAUGGCAGCAUGCUCUUCUCAGCAUCCACGGACAAAACGGUGGCGGUGUGGGACAGUGAGACUGGAGAGAGAGUGAAAAGGUUGAAGGGGCACACGUCAUUUGUUAAUUCCUGUUAUCCUGCGAGGCGGGGACCCCAGCUUGUCUGUACCGGCAGCGAUGAUGGGACAGUAAAGCUGUGGGAUAUCCGUAAAAAAGCAGCUGUCCAGACAUUUCAGAACACUUACCAAGUAUUAGCAGUGACCUUCAAUGACACCAGCGAUCAGAUUAUUUCGGGAGGCAUAGACAAUGAUAUCAAGGUAUGGGACCUUCGGCAGAACAAACUGACGUACACCAUGAGAGGGCAUGCUGACUCGGUGACAGGCCUCAGUCUGAGUUCAGAAGGCUCUUACUUGCUUUCCAACGCAAUGGACAAUACAGUUCGUAUUUGGGACGUGCGACCGUUUGCCCCUAAAGAGAGAUGUGUGAAGAUAUUCCAGGGGAAUGUGCAUAAUUUUGAGAAGAAUCUUUUGAGAUGCUCAUGGUCACCAGAUGGGAGUAAAAUAGCAGGCGGCUCAGCAGACAGGUUUGUUUAUGUGUGGGAUACAACCUCCAGGAGAAUUCUCUACAAGCUGCCAGGCCACGCUGGCUCCGUAAACGAGGUGGCUUUUCAUCCAGAGGAGCCAAUUAUACUCUCUGCAUCUAGUGACAAAAGACUGUAUAUGGGAGAGAUCCAGUGAUGACGAGACGAUAGCUUAAUAUUUGACCUUGACAUCUUCGGUUUACAGAAGUAGAAUUGAAUUGCUUCGAACCAGUGCCAGCCCCUUCACACACGUGGCGACCACCAUGCCAGCUUCAUUUGCAGAGCAAUAUUUGUCUUAACCGAGCAGGCUUCGGAGAAGCACUCUCUGGAUGCUCCUCCAGCAAAAAGGAGGGAGGAAUUUUGGGGAGGGGAGGCGGUAGGAAUCAUUGGAAUUUUUAAGAUGUUUCUUGUAUUCCCAACUUCUACUGCUGAAGAGGUUAUUGGCCAUUGCCAGAAUCACUUACUGCAUUUUAAUACGUGUCAACAAAUGGUAAGUGAUUUGUAUAUUUCCUGUCCACUUUCUCCGGGUUGUUUUUGUACAAACAAACUAAAUAGAUGACUGUUUAUAAG